GGUGGCUACCGUAAGCCCCGCGUCACGGACGUCCUCCUGGUGCGUCUGCUCCUGCUCCCCUUCUCGCUGCUCCGCUUCUCCGCCUUCCAGUCUCCCUUCUCUCAAUCUCUCCCUGCGGCCUCCCCGCAGGGUGGCUACCGUAAGCCCCGCGUCACGGACGUCCUCCUGGUGCGUCUGCUCCUGCUCCCCUACUCGCUGCUCCGCUUCUCCGCCUUCCACCUGCGCUGGCUGUGGCUCUUCACGGUACUGGGACGGGAGCUGGGGCCCACCGAGAGGCUCCACCUCACCCGCCACUCCCUGCGGCUGAGCGUUGAGGAGUUUCGGUCGAUGUCGGACGAGCAGCGGGAGAGACUUGUACAGCUCGCUCUGUGGGAGAAGCGGAAUAUGGAGGAAUUCCGUAGGCAGCAGCAGGAGGAGGAGAGGGUCAGGCUGGCCCAGGAUUCCCGUUGGAAGCGAUUCAGGCGCUCUCAACGCAGUGACGGAGCCGGAAGAAUGACGUUCUCAGACGACUGAGACACACCCAGCUACUUAGACACAGUGUCUCUCUACGUAGACACAGUGUCUGUCUACGUAGACACACAGAGCUACGUAGACACACCGCACUACGUAGACACACCCUGCUACAUCGACACACACCGGGUUUGAUUAACAGAGACACCACAGUGGCUGGGUGAGAUGUUGACCACCUCGCCUGAUCUACAGGAGGUCGUGGUAGAUGUUGACCACCUCGCCUGGUAUACAGGAGGUCGUG